GCGACGAUCUCUCCUCCGCAGGCCGCAAGACUCUGUGUGACGCCUCCCCUUCUCCUUCCUUCUUAUGGAGACUCUCAACUACUUUGGCGUCGCGUGCCUCCGCCUCCCGCCGCUCCUCUUUCACAGAAGCCCCUCCUCUUCCUCCUCCUUCAAGUCGGCGCCCUUCCUCCGCUCCAAGAACACCGUCGUCUGCCGCUCGAGCAAAUGGGCGGACCGCCUUCUCGGAGACUUCCACUUCCCCACCGCCACAGCCAUCGAGAACCCUUCUGCUCUCUCUCCCGACCCCCCCUCCUCGCCCUUCUCCCUCCCCUCCCCUUCCCUCCGCCGCCCUCCUCCCCUCCCCAUCGACUUUUAUCAGGUUCUUGGAGCCGAGACCCACCUCUUGGGCGACGGCAUUCGACGGGCUUUCGAAGCUAGGGUUUCGAAGCCCCCACAGUAUGGCUACAGCCAAGAUGCCCUCGUUGGCCGCCGCCAGAUCCUCCAGGCUGCUUUUGACACGCUCUUCGACCCUAGCUCCCGCGAGGACUACAACCGCAGCAUCGUAGAGGACCCUGAUUCCACCAUCACCACCUACGUCCCCUGGGACAAGGUUCCCGGUGCUCUCUGUGUGUUACAAGAGGCCGGAGAGACAGAAUUGGUACUGCAAGUGGGAAAGAGUUUGCUGCUCGAGCGUCUUCCGAAGGCUUUCAAGCAAGAUGUGGUGCUUGCCAUGGUGCUGGCGUAUGUCGACCUCUCUAGGGAUGUGAUGGCCCUGAACCCACCAGACUUUGUCAGCUGCUGCGAAGUUCUUGAGAGGGCUCUGAAGCUCCUGCAGGAGGAAGGAGCAAGCAAUCUUGCACCACAUCUGUUGGCACAGAUUGAUGAGACAUUAGAAGAGAUCACUCCUCGAUGUGUUCUGGAGCUUCUAGCAUUGCCUCUUGAUUCAGAUCACCGAAUUAAAAGAGAGGAGGGUCUUCAUGGUGUGCGCAAUAUAUUAUGGGCUGUUGGUAGGGGAGGUGCUACUGCUAUUGGAGGAGGAUUUACUCGGGAAUCCUUCAUGAAUCAGACAUAUAUACGCAUGACAGCAGCUGAGCAGGUAGAUUUAUUUGCUGCAAGACCAAGCGAUGUGCCAGCAGAAGACUUCGAGGUAUAUGGGUUUGCACUUGCAUUGGUUGCACAAGCCUUUGUGGGUAAAAGACCCCAGCUUAUCAGAACUGCAGACAAUCUUUUUCAACAACUUCAGCAGACCAUCCUCACUCCAUUAGGUACAUUUUCAGAGUAUGCUGCCAAGGCUGACUGUGAGAUUCCCUUUGCGCUUGAAAGGGGGCUCUGUUCACUGCUUCUGGGAGACGUUGAUGAGUGUCGCAUGUGGUUGGGCAUAGAGAGUGAUAAUUCACCCUACAGAGACCCAGAGAUCGUGGAAUUUGUCAUGGAUAACUCUAAUAUCGACAAAGAUAAUGAUGUUCUUCCUGGGCUUUGCAAACUACUGGAGACUUGGCUAAGUGAGGUGGUUUUUCCCAGGUUUAGAGAUACUCGUGAUAUUUAUUUUAAACUUGGGGAUUAUUAUGAUGAUCCCAUGGUUCUUAAAUAUCUUGAACGGAUGGAAGGUGAUCAUGGUUCACCUUUAGCUGCAGCUGCUGCCAUAGUGAAAAUUGGGGCUGAGGAGGCUACAGCUGCACUAGGCAGUGUUAAGUCAAGUGUACUUCAGGCUUUGCAGAAGGUUUUUCCACUGACAAACAAGGAAGAAAGGCUGAGUUCAGAGGCAUACAGGGAUGGAACUGAUAUUGUCCCUGAUUUACAUAUGCAGGAGACUGUCAUAAAAAUUGAUCAAGAUAAGUCAGGUUCUCAUGUUGAGGUUUCUAAAAAGUCUGAUCCUGAAGAUUCUUAUGAGCAGGACUUGACAAAUGAAAUAAAAAUUGCUGUUAUGAAGAUUAUGUCUGCUGGAAUGGUGGUUGGAGUACUGACUAUGAUAGGGAUCAAGUGUUUACCUGGAAGAAACAGUUUGCUUGUUACGGGGAAGGAAACAGGUUCAGCAACAGCUGCCAAUUUCACUAAUAUUGAUGAGAAUUUUGUUGAAGAAAUACCUAAGAUGGAUGCAAGGUUUGCAGAGACUUUGGUACAUAAGUGGCAAAAUGUCAAAUCCCGAGCUCUGGGACCAGAUCAUUCUCUUGCAGAGCUGCCAGAGGUUUUGGAUGGCCGGAUGCUGAAGAUAUGGACUGAUCGGGCUGUAGAGAUUGCAAAACAUGGUUGGUUUUGGGAGUACACUCUACUAGGUUUAACAAUUGACAGUGUUACCCUGUCUGUGGAUGGGCGUCGAGCAAUGGUGGAGGCGAGGAUUGAGGAAGCUGCUCGGUUGACCGAUGAUACACACCCAGAGCACAAUGAUUCCUAUAGUACCACCUACUCAACCAGGUAUGAGAUGGUUCAUUCCAAAUCAGGCUGGAAGAUAACAGAAGGAUCUGUUCUCCAAUCAUAAGGGAAGCAGGCUUCUCUGGGUAAUGUAAAUAGUAUGUGUAUUCCUUUUUCAUAGCAUUAUUUGUUUUUCCCCAGUGUUCCUGUUCCUGUUCAUCCGAGAAACUUGGAAUUUUGACAUGAAACUUCUAGGAUUCAUUGUACCUGAGUUACCAAUGAGAAGUUCAGUUCUUGGUCACAG